UUGAGCCGGAAACGCUGUGACUAACCGAAAGAGUUCCUUCGCGUGUGGAUUUCUUGGAGAGUUCGAGUGGUGGGACCGCGGCGGCAGUGAGAGCGACCGACUUGGGCACCGGAGUCCGGCGCAGCGAUGCUGACCCCGGCGUUCGACCUCAGCCAGGACCCCGACUUCCUGACUAUCGCCAUCCGCGUGCCUUACGCCCGAGUCUCCGAGUUCGAUGUCUACUUCAAGGGUGUUGACUUCAAGUUCUAUGCUAAGCCAUAUUUUCUCAGAUUAACCCUUCCUGGAAGAAUUAUAGAAAAUGGAAGUGAGCAAGGGUCUUAUGAUGCAGAUAAAGGAAUUUUUACCAUUCAGUUGCCCAAAGAAACUCCUGGCCAGCAUUUUGAGGGGCUGAACAUGUUAACUGCUCUUCUGGCACCAAGAAAAUCCAGGACCGCAAAACCACUUGUGGAAGAAAUAGGUACUUCGGAGGUCUCUGAGGAAGGAGUAGAAGAUGACGAUGAAGAGUUUGACUGGGAAAUUGAACAGUUCCCCUAUAACGAGGUAUCAGAAAGUGCUCUCAACCCACAGUACCACUAUGGAUUUGGAGACUUACGAUCAGGAGUGUUUCAGAGGUUACAGGAUGAAUUCAGUGAUGUUAUCGAUAUUAAGGAUCCGGAUUUUACUCCUGCAGCUGAACGAAGACGGAAACGCCUGGCUGCUGAGUUGGCCAAAUUUGAUCCUGAUCAUUAUCUAGCUGACUUUUUUGAAGAUGAGGCAGUUGAACAGGUUUUGAAGUAUAAUCCUUGGUGGACUGAUAUGUAUUCAAAAAUGAUGACUUAUCUUGAAAAUUCUUUUGAAAAAGAAGUACAUUUUCUUCCAGUGUCUUUUUCUGAAGAAGAGAAAUAUCAGCUACGAAAAUUUGUCAAUAAAUCUUACCUGCUGGGCAAGAGAGCCCAUCGUCAAGUGUACUACAGUUUGAUUGAUAUCCUUCUGGCAUAUUGCUAUGAAAUUCGUGUCACUGAAGGAGAGAAGAAUGUUGAAUCUGCAUGGAAUAUCAGAAAGCUGAGUCCAACAUUGUGCUGGUUUGAGACUUGGACUAAUGUUCAUGAAAUCCUGGUGUCUUUUGGAAGAAGAGUUUUGUGCUACCCACUUUAUCGUCAUUUCAAGCUGGUGACGAAAGCCUGCAGAGACACUAUAAAGCUAUUGCAAUUAGGUAAAAGUGCAGUUUUAAAGUGUCUACUGGAUAUUCACAAAAUUUUUCAGGAAAGUGACCCAGCUUACAUCCUAAACGAUCUCUACAUCUCAGACUACUGUGUGUGGAUUCAGAAAGCCAAGUCCAAAAAGUUGGCAGCUCUUGCAGAAGCCUUAAAGGAAGUAUCCCUGACAAAGGCCCAGCUGGGAUUAGAACUGGAAGAACUGGAAGCAGCGGCACUUCUUGUCCAGGAGGAAGAAACUGCAUUAAAAGCAGCCCAUUCCAUUUCCAGGCAGCAGACACCUUCAACCAGUUCUGAGGCAAGUGAUUUGGAGGAAUCAGACAGCCCCACAUCAUCUGAGAUUGAAGACUCAGAUUCAGAACAAGAAGAGCUCAAAGAUAGCGAAUCCAAGACAGUAAAUUCCUUGCAAGGUCCCUUUAUAGAGAAAAGCAGUGUCCUGCUUGUCGAUGAUGGUGGGGUGUGCAGAAAGUCGGCCAUCCUGAGGUCUGAUGUUAGUCAGGGAAAGCCACUUGUCUCUUCCUUAGCUCUUGAAGGAUCUGGGCCUCUGAUAGAGGAGCUUGGAGAACAACUGAAGACUGUAGUUCAGAUUUCCGAACCUGAGGGCUCUGCUGCUGGAAGUCACGGCAGUAUACAGGAUAGAGACAACUGACAUACCCCAAAUGAUUGA